AUGCCUAUCAUUGACAACUUCUCUUUACCCGAGUCCGUGGACUCUCUGGCUCUGCCCGAAGACUCAAGCACUGCGUUUUUUAUUACCUUUACUACGUCAAAUCUCCCAGAGACAGGAGAGUCAUGGUGUCCGGAUGUCAGAGCUGCUCUUCCUCAAAUUAACGCCGCUUUCUCGGCUGAAGGCGCACCCAAAAUGUCAUUUGUGGAAGUUGGACAGAGACCUGAAUGGAAGGUUCCCACUAACGUCUAUCGAACAAAGUGGAACGUUAAUAACGUUCCAACCAUCGUCCGCUAUCAGCGUGUAGACGGUCAGGUAAAGGAAACCGGACGGUUAGUUGAGGGCGAAAUUUUGGAUGAGAAACGGCUUAGGGCCUUGAUCGAGGAGAAAUAG